AUGGGCGGCUUACUGGGGACAAUCGAAAGAGACUCUGCUUCAAGCGAAGCACGAAAGAUCCUGGCUCGGCAGUGCAAGGCCUUGAGAUGGAUCGAGGCGGCCGAUGAGGAAGUCUUUAGAGCAAUUCUUGACAUCAUUCCUCGAGAUGCUGCGGCAACAACCCGGCUGGCCUCGAAGAAGCCGGCACAACCAAGCACGCCUAAUUCACCACUUAUCGAGCCGCUCGAGGCCGACAAUGUAUCUUCUGAGCUGCCUCGCUUGAUGAGUGGACAACAGCUGGGAAAUAGCUACGAAGCUUUGCGCUCAGAUGCUGGUAGCUUACACCACGCGCUGAUGGGCUUCCAAAACAUGCUGAGCUCUGAUCUAGUGAUCGCAGGACAGAUUCAUGAUAUUGCAGCCCUCUCCGAAGGACGUUUCACCUCCGUGGUUAAAGCCAAACCAUGUCCAGCAGCCCACAGCAUUCCUGCGAAGAGAACCAGUGAUCCGUCUCCCUUGAAGCUCGCUCUACAGGACGUGCAGGCCAACGCUCGAUGGUUCGGAAUUCAGUGA